CUUGGUUUUGAGAGGCUUCUCAUUUUGGCUUUCUGGCGAAAUCAUUCUUCACCUGUGAGUCUCGUGACGCAUUCACGUCGUGAACCGCAAGGCGACAUGCCGACCGCUGAGCCCGCUUCCUUCGAUGCAGUGUCGAUGUCACCCGAUGUGCCUCGGGGUGGAGCUCAGGGUGGAAACGCAGAGGCCUCGCAGAAUCGGCUAGUACAGAUGCUGCAGACUGCAGCCCAUCCUGCGACCUGCGUAUUCCACGCGGCCUUCAAAAUUGUGGUGCUCCUGAUAUACAUCUAUGGACGCUACAUCCACAGUGCGUAUGUCUCGACGUUCAUCCUUUGCACCAUCUUUGCAGCCUUGGAUUUCUGGACGGUGAAGAACAUCUCUGGAAGACUCUUGGUGGGCCUGCGGUGGUGGAACCUAGUCAAAGAUGACGGUUCUUCCGAGUGGGUCUUUGAAUCGAAUCCAGAUGAGGGCAGCCUGAAUGCUACCGACAGGAGCAUUUUCUGGGGUGUCACAUAUGUGUGGCCAGUGCUUUGGGCUGUCUUCCUUUUCAUGAACAUCCUCAACUUUAGCCUGGAUUGGGUGCUCCUGAACAUCAUGAUCUUUGUUUUCGCUGGGACCAACCUGGCUGGGUACUGGAAAUGCUCCACAGAUGCCAAGAAGCGUGCAACGCAAUGGGUUCAGAGCGAAGGCAUGAGGGCCGUCGCUGGAGCCAUGGGCUUUGCCUAACGACGACGUUCAACGGAUCCAA